AUGGCAAGGACUGAACGUAGACGUAGGGAACGGGAUAUGGUGGCAAGGUUGAGGGGUGAUCAGGCGACCGAUAAGCGCUCUCAGCGUAGGGCCGAAAUAAAGUGUAUGGCUUCUUACACCCCAACCCCAAGCGAGAAGGAGGCCAAGGACAAGUGCUCCAAGGACAAGCGCUCCAAGGACAAGCGCUCUCGGGACGGUUCUUUGAUGCCCACCUCUUCCUCAUCCUCUUCGAGCAUCUCAAGCUCAAAUUCUACCGACAGGGGGUCUACGACCAACAGGCCGAGAAGGAGGAAGAAGACCAAGAAGGAUAGCCACAGUAGAGAGGAAAGUAGAGAGGAAGAGACACCAGGUUUGAGACAUUUGGAUGAAAGUCAUGUUUCUAGGUCCUCUAGUCCAGUCAUACCUCUCCCCGCAACACCGGGACGCGAGCCCUCUCCUGAGCUGGACGUAGUAGAUGGAUUAGUGUCUCUUGGAGAAGAUGCGAUGGACAGAGUUGAAGAUGAUGUGGCGCCAAAGAAGGACAAGAAGGGGAAGGGGAAAGCGUUGGCUCAGCCGCUUCGAAGGGGCAAAAGGAGGUUGGAGGAUAUCGCUCCGGUGCUCCCAGUGAGCUCCCAGACACGAUCAAAAUCGGUCUCUUUGGCCACUCCCAAAAAGUCGUCUGAUGUCAAGACUGCAAAGAGAGCGACCACCAGCUCUCCUGUCAAGCGAGGUCGCAGUGUGAAGCCAUCUGUGACUCCAUUAAGGGCGUUGGAGGAAUCUGGGAACGCAGGACCGUCGUCGGUGAAGCGUAGACGGAUGUCUACCAAGAAAUAUCCCAGAACCCCAACUCCUGCAUCUCCCGCCAAGUCUCUCCCUCGCCAUAAGAGCCCGGAUGCUACACCUGCCUCUUUAGAGGCCAAGUUCGCCGCUUACUGCCACCCAGUACCUGCUGAGCGAGCAUGCAGGCAGUGCAAGAGCAGAGGGCUCCCGUGUUGGUGGCGAAAUACCAUGGGGAAGAAAAAGGCAUGCGAAACUUGCGGGACAAGGCCUGGAUGCGAACCAUGGGUAGACCCGUCUACUCUUACGCCUACCGCCGUGAUUAUCGACACUCGGGACAAGAUGGAGCGACUUGACAGAGUCAUUGCGGAUUCAUAUCCGGAUGAUCAGUCAGAGGCGCGUCUCCUUGUUUCACAAGUCAAGGAUACACUGCGGAGGUUGAUGCUGAAGGAGUACGGUGAUCGUAUAUAG